AUGGAUUCUUCGUCAACACCCACUCAUGGGUCCGUGUCUACACACGCGAACCCCGAUCGCAUUGUACCUAUGCGCGUCAUCGUCUGUGGCGUUCAUCGCACAGGCACGCUGAGUAUUAGAAACGCCCUCUGGCAGCUUGGUUUCCACGACUGCUACCACAUGCAAACACUCAUCAAGGACCCAUCUCGCGCCCCAGAAUGGAUCCGUGCUUUCGAAGCAAAGUACGCCGGACAAGGCUCCUUCACCCGUGCUGACUGGGACCGUCUUCUCGGCGACUGCCAAGCCGUGUGCGACGUUCCAGCUGCUUUCUUCGGCGCCGAAUUAGCGGAGCUCUACCCCGAAGCUAAAGUCAUCAUCCUCAACCGCGAUCCUGAGAAGUGCAAAUCUAUGAAAUCGCUAGUCCAAAAGUACGAUCACGGGAAUGAGAAGGAAAAGGCCCUAGAGUGGUACAAGUCACAGUACCAAGAGUUUCGCGACCGUAUCCCAGAAGAUCGUCGCUUCGAGUAUACCAUCACUGAAGGAUGGGGGCCGUUGUGCGAGUACUUGGAUGUUCCCGUGCCCGAGGUUGAGGAUCCAGAGACUGUCAUGAGGAAGAAGAGCAAGGAGAGAGCUAAUCAGAACUUGCUUGCCGGUGUGGGAAGACUGGCUUUGACUGGUGUCGUGGGAUAUGCUGGAUACCUAGCGUGGAAGACUCGACUCGGAGGACGAAUUUAA